AUGGGCCCGGAGCCGGAUGCCUCCACCCCGCCACGACCCGAAGCUGCCCCCCAGGAGGAGGCCACCAAGGCCGCUGCUGCUAUGGAGGCAGCGGCCGCAGCUUCAGGUGACGAGGCCGGGCCCUCACCAGCCGAGCCGGCGGCUGAGGGGGCCGCUGCCACGGCGGAGGCUGCAGCGCCGGAGGCAGCAGAGGUGGCGGCACCGGAGGUAGCGGAAGAGGCGGAGGAGGCGGCACCAGGGGUCGCCGAAGUUGGCAGCAGCGUCUCCCCACCGGCAGAGGAGGAGGAACCGGAGGAGUGGGAGAAGCUGGAGGCAGAACGCCACCGACUCUCCGACUGGGAGGUUCGCCUGGGUGAUUGCAUCAACUCCGUCUCUGCCCGCUACGCCGAGGAGCGCGCCAAGCUCGUGCAUGGGCGCGAGCUUCUGCAGGAGGAGCUGGAGCAAACUCGCGUCCGAGAGGCGGCGGCGCUCCAGCGGGAGAAGGCGGCCAGGCGGCGGGAAACAGAAGCCCUUGAGGGGCUGAUCGCCGUGGAGGAGAUGAAGGUGGCGUUAGCAGACAUGGAGCGGGUCGCCCAGGAGCUGGCGGCCCAGGCCAGGAAGGCGUCAGCAGCGGUCGAGGCGGAAAAGGCCGCCCUCGCAGAUUUGGCGGCGGCGGCAGCAAAGAAAGAAGAAUGGCUGGCCGCCCGUGCCCAGCAGACACCACCUGAAGAAGCCACCGGGACGUCCAAGGAUCCUAGAGAAAUGCUGAAGGCCAGGCCCGGAUGCAAGGACAUCAUCAACACCAAUCUGAUGGAUGACCCGAGGCUAACAGCCAAGAAAAUAAAGGGCUUCAGGAAAGCCUACAAGGAACUGUAUGACUUUACCAUGGAUGUGAUCACUGACUCCCAGAAGAAAUCAAAAAAACUGCGGGAAGUUGCGAGUGAUCAUCAAGGACUCGCUGCUUUGGAAAAGCGCGUCGAUGACGAGAGGACGAAAAACUUGUGCCUCGAGAGAGCCAACUCCGAGCUCCAACGACAACUGAAGGAACAUAAGAGGGCGCUCGAGUUCGUCGACUGCCUCCAGCAAAUCAAGGCGUUGGGCGAGAAGGACGAGCAGCGGCAGAAGGAGCUAGAAGACCUCAGGGGAGCCGCCCAGGAGCUGGCAGACCUUAGGGGAGCCGUCCAGGGGCUGGUGGACAUGGUUGAUCUACCGGAGGAAGGCGAGGCGAACCUACGGCCCCUACUAGAGUGA